AAAUGUAUUUUUUGGAGAUUUGAGCACCACAAGCUGAGUGCCAUCUAGUUCUGUUAUAUUGGAGAGAAGGCAGACAUCUCUAUGGCUGAUAGGGUUUGGUAUCAUUUACAUUUGAACCAGUACCUGAAAUUCAGGACCAAUACCAUACAGUACAAUGUUUUGGUCCCUUUUAGUAAUAACAUAAAUGUAAUUUUCGAACAAGUUUCAGGUGUGACGUAUAAGACUAAGGGGCCGUACACAUGCCGCAUCUUUAUCUGUCUGUUUAACAUCUUCUUCUAAGUGCAGAGCUCUUCCAGGCGCUGCUCUGUAAGUGCUUAUUGGGCCAAAAAUAUUGUCCAUGGGACAGAUGUAAAGCUCUGACAGCCCUGAACUAAAAUGAUCAACUUCUUCAUAUUUACCACAGUUUGAUUUUUACAGAAGAAGGGAAAGAUACCUGUCGGCUGUGAUUGGUUGGUCCUCAUCACGACAUGUGGUGCAUCCUGCUGCGUUCCAGAAGUUGAACUCCAUUUAUCUCAGGGCGCAGCCAUUGUGCCCUGAAACAUAGGUGUUCUGGAACACACGCGUGCCACAACGGCAUUGCUCUGGCGUUUGAGCACGCGUGCCAUGCAUCUACAUUGAAAACAAUGAAUUUGAGGGCUCAAAAAACGCAGCAUGUGUACGGCUCCCGAGAGGCAGUUCUGCUCCUCUGAUCUACUGUCUCUGUCUCUUUGUGGCGGCUUGUGAUACUAGCCUACUAUUACUAAAAUACCAUAGCAAGGAAAAUAGAUGCUCAAACUAUUACAGUAACUUGGCAGUGCAGCGAUGGUUUUUUGCUUGCUGGGAAGCCAACAUAGCAUUGGUGGAGCUCCAUGGUGGGCUUCAAGAGGCUUCAGUCUCCUGUCUGAAGUUGAAUCCGGUUGGCUUCCAGGCUCUGGGAUGCUUCGUGGCACUUCUGCCUCUUAUGUGCUCUCAGGUACGGACAUUUGGCACAGGUGGAUUUAAUGUACCAACUCGUUACCCUUGUAAGCACCAAGUUUGGUACCCAACUUUAAUGGCUGAUAUCUCCAACGCUCAGCAACUCACACAAAAACAAUCUAGACUGAUAAAUAGCUCUACAGGCAAGAGGAAAGAAUAUGUAUUUUUGAUUUUGUGGUGGACUAUCUCUUUAAAAUAUGUCCCAAUAACACAGAUCAAUCAGUAUCUAAUCAUGUAGCAUUGUGUACAUCAACAGGUCACAACAUACUGCAUAUAGUCUUUAGGGCCCUGUUCUUGUUCCUGGCCUCAUCUCGUCAGGUGCAGCGUUAUGAUGAGAAUUAUUUCAUCUACAAGGAAGAAUGAUAAAGUUGGAAAUCAUCCCGCUCCAACAGGUACAACAGAAAUGUCAAUACAGCGCUGUCAGCACAGGAUCCUGACAGAGGUCUAAUCAAACAUCAAGUGAAAGCACCUGUGUGUGUUUGCUGUGGGUGUGUAGGGUCCUUUAAAAUGUGCCAGGCAGCUGUGUCCUGUGUCAUCACGCCCGUCGUGAACUUGCCAUCAAGUUGUCUGCGAAGUAAUCCUGAAACAUUUACUGGUGUCUGGUUUAAAGGCCAGCGAGUGUCCGUCAGUGUUGGUGGUCCUCCAUGCUGCUUUCUACUUCUAUUCCACUACAUCUCAGGGCUCGCCUCAUCAUGGCAGAGGUUUAUUUCAUUGGUGUGGACGUGGGCACUGCCAGUGUGAGGGCUGCACUGGUGACCAGGGCUGGUCUGGUGAAGAGCACUGCAGAGGAGCCCAUCAGUAUCUGGGAGCCCCAGACUGACCACUAUGUCCAGUCCUCCACUGAGAUCUGGGAGAAAUGCUGCACAGUUGUAAAGAGAGUUACCCAAAGUGUAGAGAGGAGUCAGGUUCGAGGGAUCGGCUUUGAUGCCACCUGCUCACUAGUGGUUUUGGACCAGAGCUUCCAGCCUGUGCCAGUCUGUCAGGAUGGUGACAGACACAGGAACAUAGUGAUGUGGAUGGACCAUCGUGCUGAGGAGCAGGCCGCUCGUAUAACCAACACCGGCCACAGGGUCCUGAGCAGGGUGGGAGGGGUCAUGUCACCAGAGAUGCAACCCCCUAAGCUGCUCUGGCUCAAAGAGAAUCUAAAAGAAAGCUGCUGGGACAAAGCUGCACACUUUUUCGACCUUCCAGACUUCCUGUCUUGGAAGGCAACGGGCUGUUUGACACGGUCUUUAUGCACUCUGGUGUGUAAAUGGACGUAUUGCCCCCCAGAGGGAUGGGAUGCUGGUUUCUGGACUAGCAUUGGACUGGAAGAUCUUCUGGAAAACAAGUUUUCAAAAAUAGGCAAUGCGACGUGUUCUCCAGGGAGCUCGCUGGGAGACGGCCUUACUCAGGAGGCAGCAGCAGAUCUGGGUUUGGAGCCAGGAACUGCAGUUGGUGCUUCUCUCGUUGAUGCUCAUGCAGGAGGUCUUGGUGUGAUAGGUGCAGACGUAAAAGGCUUUAACUUGCCCUGUGAGGACCAGCCCAUCACCUCACGCAUGGCCAUGAUCUGUGGGACGUCAACCUGUCACAUGGCGAUCAGCGAGCAGCCUCUGUUUGUGCCCGGAGUGUGGGGGCCCUGCCUGUCCGCCAUGGUGCCCGGCCUGUGGCUCAACGAGGGAGGACAGAGUGCGACAGGACGGCUGAUCGACCACAUGGUGAAAGGCCACGCCGACUACACCCAGCUCCAGGAAGAGGCACGGCAGAGAUGUCCUGUUACAGGUGAGAACAUCUACAGCUACCUGAACAGCCACUUGAGUUCAAUGGCUAACUCCCGCUCUGCUGUUGACCUGCUUGGCUCCAGUCUUCAUGUUUGGCCGGACUUCCAUGGGAACAGGUCGCCCCUAGCUGACCCCUCUUUGAAGGGCAUGGUGAUCGGACUGCCACUCUCACAAACCUUGGACGACUUGGCCCUGCUUUAUUUGGCCACUAUACAAGCCCUCGCUCUUGGUACGCUUCAUAUUCUGGAGGCCAUGAAAGAAGCAGGACAUGACAUCAGAACCCUCUUCCUGUGUGGCGGGUUGAGCAAAAACGCCCUGUUUGUCCAGAUCCAUGCCAACGCUACAGGUUUGCCUGUGGUGCUGCCUGACCAGACGGAGGCUGUGUUAAUAGGAGCAGCAGUCCUGGGUGCAUGUGCAUCACAGGACUACAGCACCAUACAGGAGGCGAUGGAGAGAAUGGCGAAAGUGGGGAAAGUUGUUCGGCCUGAUCGUGAACUCCAGAGCUUCUAUGAGAGAAAGUACAAAGUGUUCCUGCGACUGUUCGCCCACCAGAGGGAGUACCAGGCCAUCAUGAACCAGAGAUGAUGACACUGCUGCUGGGAGGCAGCCGAGCUGGAAGUGACUCUCUAGUGACGUAAUAGUGAUGACAAAUCCGACACGCUGGAAACGUGAACAGAAGUCUUAACCUUGCUGCUUCUCCUGAUAUUUUUAAAGGUCCAGUUUUCAUUUUCUUAAUAACCUGGAGGACAGCAGCUUUCUGAGGUUUAAUAUCUGUGGUUUAGUAACACAUGCAGGGGUUCAGACCACAGUAGAUAAGACCUCUAUGGAGACUUCAUGCAGCUGUCUGCCCUUUAGAUGCUGCAGUUUCACCCAAACUGUCAAGGAGGAUGCAACAGAUUUUACGGUCGUUGACUUGCCAGCGGCCCCUCAGCUCCAUCCAAAGUCAAAUAUCAUCAAGUCUACUGUCACCAUCAAAUGUAUUUUAAUAAAUAAUUAAAAUGAUA